AUGGAGUUCAUGGAGGGAGGAACUCUUAAAGCCUAUCUGGAGAAAAACCAUGGAGACGGACAGGGAAAAGAUUUUUCCGUCAGAUUCUUAGAGGAUAUUGGCUCUGCCAUUGAGCAUCUUCACUCGCUCAAUAUCAUUUUUGUAAGUUUGAAAAAAUUGAUUGUCUUCAUCAUUCCCUGCACUGGCUAAAAUAACUAGUGCAGGUUUGCGUCGGCUCUCUCACAUAUCGUGUUUGUAUGUUAAUCAUCACGAGCUGGCUGGUUUUAGUCAAUCCGUUGUACACGGUAUUUUUCAGUUGUCAGCUGACCACACAGUACUCAAACUCGGAGACUUUGGUCUUGCUCGUGCGACUGAAGGGACACGUCAAACAAAAACCCAGAUUGGCUCGUAUUGUUACAUGGCGCCUGAAGUGGUCACCUCUGGAGGACGUUAUUCCAAGAGAGCUGAUGUUCAUAGUUUUGGUGAGUUUUACUGUUAGUUAAAGUGAGUAUUAAUUACCUUUCUCACCGUUUUGUUUGUUUGUGUAUUUGCCCACUAUUUUGCUUGUCUGUUAUGUCCCUGAGACCGGAUAAUAUACCUUGUCUCUAAAAUACAGCUAAAUACAUAUCCGGCCUAAUUAUUAAGGAAUGAGGAGGUACUAGAGUAUGUCCUAAUAUAUUGUCUUCGCUAUAAAUUUGUAGUAUUUCAGAUCCUUUAGAUAUCCGUAUCCAUAAAUUGACAUCAAGUUAAUAUCGAUCUCCAAAAAUAUUUUUGUAUUAGAUUCCAUGGGAAUAUGGUCCUAUCAACUAAGGUUUUUUUAAUUUGAUUACGCCAGGUUUGUGUCUGAUUGAAGUCCUGAGUGGCAGGGAGGUGUAUGAUAACAUUCUGCAGCAUGAAACGGUUUUCAGCAAGAAAAUGGCGGGAGAGAAUCCGACCAUUCCGGUGGGUAGAAACGAACAAAAAUUUUAGAAAAUUUUCAAGGAUAAUGGUGAAAUAAGUAUUGACUAUUGACAAUUAUUUACCAAAUUGGAGAUAGAUAUCCACCACUUUCAGUUACAAUGAAAGUGAAUUAAUAUCUAAGUGUAAAUAAAAAGAAAAAAACCUGACAAUUAGUUUGUUUCUGUCAAUAUUCCCUACUUGGUUGGGAAUUAAACUACUGACACGCGGUUUGUCUUUUCAUCUGUACGAAGGUGAAUAGUACUGGCUAAUCACUUCCGAGCUAACCAAUCGGCGUGCGCGAAAAACACUAUAUCUAUGUAGUAAUUAGUAUUAUAACGAGUGAGGACAACCUGCUACCUGUGAAUCUUUCGACCAGAAAAGUUUUUCUAUAAAUCACUGGAGGGGUCCAAACAUUAGCUUUUAAACAUACGAGUUGUGAACGAAUUACUUAUGGUUACGACAGAGUCACUCCAUGUAUUAUCGGUAAUUCGUUGGUAAUGUUUUAUAUCUAAGAGCGCUCGCAUUUUUUCCAGAAUAUUCCUAUUGAGGAAUUUGGGGAGGAACUGGUUUUAAAGCUAAAAGAAAUUAUAGAUGGGUGUCUGAAGCCCGAAAAAUCACGACCCGAGAUGAAUUUUCUACUCAACAUACUAAGAGGACAAAUAACUUCACGCAAAAUCACAGUGCAGCUUUACUGCGUGGGGACUGGGACAGGAACAACAGGUACUGUAGAAACUGCACACUUUUUUUUUUCUUUUUUACAGUGUAAAAUAGAUCGGUCAACUUGUUACAGCUUAGCCUAAGCAGAAUUCUUCCUGCAUAUUCUCCGUGAGAUUUUUACUCUCCCAUACCCUAUAACUGUACACCUGAAAUAGUCUCUUUUGGUCAUUCAGAGAUUCCUUCAAGUGCUUCUUUCACUCUCCAUGUUUACCGUCUUUUAUGUUUGAUCCACAGAUAGUUGCCUUACUUCUUUUGUCUCAUGGCAUGCCAAUUGCCAUGGCGACUGUAUCGAUUAAAGCUUUCACGACUUCUUGCGUGGCUAAGGAUGAACCCUUUCAUUCCAAAUCUGUUAAGUAAUUCUCCUUACUGUCUGCCAUACAGUUCUCAUGAUGUUAAUUUGGAGAAUUGGGUAUUGGAUCAACUAACAAUUGCCCAACUGAUAUUUCUCUUUAUUCUUAUCACUUGCCUUCUUGACAUUGUAUUGAUAUUGUAAGGAGAAAUUCUGUCUUGGUCACUCCUAGGUGUUAAAGGGUUAAGGAUUAAAAGAUGGUGUGCAGAUUAAAUUUCUGCACAAACCAAAACCCCUCCCUUCUCCCUCUUUUUAGAAGUAACGUCUACUCUAAAAUGAAAAAAUAAACAAUCAUUUAUUUACAAUGCCAUUUGAAACCGGUUUCAGCCGUCCUUCAUGGCCAGCCAAGCUCCUCCGCAAUUGUGUUUCACGAAGGAAAACCUUUGCUUUUGGCAGAUGUUGGAGCUGGUGUCCUCAAGGCUUGCAGGGAGAGACACGGUUAGUGAAAUUCCUACCACUCCUUCCUCGAUUUGCGGUGAUCGUUCAGUUUUGUCCUUGUGUUUUAAACCCAUCUGUGUGAAAUUCUCAGUCAUAGUCUAUCUUUAUCAGUUGAAUGUUGCCCCACAGAUAUUUAUUCUCUAGACAACCUUAUUUUGCAUUUCCAGCUCACAACGAGUUCCCAAGGAAUGUUUUCAUCACAAACAACCACUUGGAUCAUGCUGGUGAGCUCCCUUUGCUAUUUUUGUUCGAGAGCGAGAGGAGACAUUUGGCUGGUGAACCUCACCUAAGAGUGUUGUCUGGCCCUGAGGUGCAACAUAAAUUAAAGACAUGCAGACUGGACGAAAUGCUCCACCUGUAUACACUGGUAAGUCAUGAAUCACCUGUUAUAUGCACUAAGAUGCAGUGUUUUUUCAUUUAAGUAUUUUUUUCGUUCUUCCUUGAAGGAACAAAUAGCAGAUUGGAUAGUAUGUCAGCAAGAAGGAGACCCAACCUACCUGGAUGACGAAAAACAGUUCUCCAUGAAAAUCCACAAAACUCUUCAUAGCGGAAUAUGUUAUGGUAGGUUACAAACAGCUUUGAACGAUGACCUGGGUAACUGUUUAUGUCGCGAAGACCGUAAGUCAAUGCGUAGCUGGCCGGGGACGUGAUUGUCAGCCUCGGGCUUUCAAUCAAACAAUUACGCUUCGAGCAUUAAACAAAGCUUUGCUAAGCCAGUUUAAACCGGCCCAGAAGAAGACCAAAUCUCAAACAGUAAGUUCUAAGCUGAACAAGUAAAUUUCAGAUGAUGAUCACGCCUAAUUCCAAUAGAGCUUUUAAAUUUGAAGUAUGAAAAGAAUCGUUAACAUUUAAUUUUUAUUCAUAGGAUUUGUGCUAUUCUUCAAGGAGAAACCAGUUCUUGGUUAUUGCAUAGACUCUGGCUUCAAGGAGGACGUGUUCGAUUUUUUCUUCCAAGCCACCACUGUGAUAGUUGGUGCGAGGUCUAAUGCAUCUAAAGAACAUGCAUCGGUAGGUAUAGUAAUCAGAGGGUUUAUAGCUGACUACAUAUUACAUUAGCAUUGGAGAGUAAGAAAUGGCACAUAAUUAGUAAUGAAUGCGCAGUGCGUGAGAGUCCACAAGGUAUGAAACUCAUUUCGCAACGAUGAUUUGGAAAGUCUUCAAUCGAAAAAACCUGAGCUUAUGCAGCCAAAAUUUAAAAUGAAUCUCUAAAAAUCAGUUUGUCAACCUACACCUCGUUUCUCAAUUAGUUCCAGCUGCUGGUACUAUUUUUUUUAUCGGAUAUAAUGUGAUUACUUAACAAGAAAGAAAACAGGUGUAUAAGAGAUAGAGCGAGGCCAAGAUUGAUUUGGUGUUUGGAGUUUAUUGAUUACCAACAUUUAAUGCUAACAGAACCACCGAAUUACUCAGUAGAAAUCUCUCAUUUGUCUUAGUUUACAGAAGUGGUUAAUUACGUGAGGAAGAUCCAGGUAUGUAACUUUCGAACUACUUUAUUUGGGUUUCUGUCUUGUUUUUAUUAUUUCCCACAAAUAUCAAAAUCAGAAACAAUACUUUAUCAAAGCGCUAAUGAAGCAAUUUUUCCAAAUAUCUUUCGUUCAAUGUAUUACCAAUAAAAUAUUGCUGUAAUUUUUAACGCCCGAAAUUACUAUAGUCCGAUAAAAAAGAUUCUAGGUACUAGUAGAACGCCACCUAAGGGUAUCAGUCUUCCCAAAGUCGACAUUACCCAUUAUUUAUCAUCUUUUAUCUAAUUAUUCAUCAAUUUUUUAAUUUAUCUAUUUAUCAAAUUGUUAAUUUCAGCCGAAAGAAACCAAGGUGUACAUAACUGGAUACGGUAUUGACGCAGAGUACCCGUAUGAAGGACUCCCAGGAGUAGAGCAACUGCGGGCGAAUCAGUACAUCGCACUCUGGGAUGAAGAAACUGAUAGCAAUUCUUAGCUAGAAGCCAGAUCACGAAGUAUCUUUCUAUGAGUGAAAUGGAAAGUGAACUCGAAGCUCUCUUGAUA